CAACACAUUGGGCAAAAAAAUUAUUUUUUCAAGUGUGGUACUGAUACACUUUAGUCAUGUUUAGUUUUGCUUAACCUACAAAAAAUAGUUUAAAUCUUUCGUUUAUGUUUGUUUCUUUACAUGCUACAUCUUGAAGAAUUAGCACGCUGGACCUAUAUUUUUACAAUGUCUUCGUGUUCGAAUUAUGUACCGGACCCAGAACUCUUAGAUGGUUUAUUCUUUUGUCGGCAUUGUUAAGAAGUUAUUCCUACGUUGGAUAAUGUAAAAUUCCACGCUUGUUUCGAUGGAAAAGAAAUUCUUCUUGAAGGGGAAAAAGAGCUAUACUCACCUGCAGUGAAUGAGAUUCCCUUGUAUAGUGAUGACUCUUCAGAAACAGGUUUCAUGAUACAUUCUAUCGGCAUGGAAGAGAACAUGAAUGAAGAGCAGGAUUUAAAUUAUGAAAAACAACCUACAGUAAAGAAUAAGGAAGCAGCUGCGAUUUGGACGAACGAAGCUACAUUAGCGUUGCUGGCAUUGUAUGAGUCGAAAAUGGGCAUGUUGGAUCAUCCCAAAAAGAAAACGAAAAUAUGGAUAGCUAUCGCAGAUGGUCUAAAAGAUUUCCAAAUUGAAAUGUCACCACAGCAAGUAAGAUGGAAAAUGAACGCCUUAACAAAACGGUACAAAGAAUGUGUCGAUAGCAAUAAUAAGACUGGAAGAGGUACUACUGAAUUUCAGUGGUUUGACCAACUCGACGAAAUUUUGGGAAAUAAUAAAAAUACUGCUAAGCCGGCUUACACUGUUUCAUCAAAAUUAUGUUCCGUUUCUACAUCCAAGAAUAAAAAAAAUAGCAUGACUGCUACUAAGGAACCAACUGAAAAUAGAGGAAAAAAAAGGAGCUACCUGAAUCUCAUUUUAAAAUAAAAAAUGUACAGAAUAAAGUUGUUCAAGAGAUAUGCCCGUCUAAUAUAGCAGCAAAUGAGCAGUUUACUGAAAGCGUAAAAUCAACAAUACAGGCAGAGACGUUAGAAAAGUUACGAGACGAAAAACGCUUAAAACACGGAACUGGUUCAAACCUCGCUAAAACUAAAAUUGAACUCGGAAAACAGUGGCAGCAGCAUCUGCAAGAUAAAGCCAAAAAAGAAAUUGAAAAAGAGAAACGGUAUAAGGACAUGAUUAAAAAAAAAGACGAAUUGUUACAAUUAAGGAAAAGGCAAAUUAAACUGAAAGAAGAAGAACUACAACAGAAAAAAACUAUCGCGAAUAAUAAAAUAAAGGAUAAAGAAAAGAGACAUGCUGAAAUAUUAAACCUUGAAAAGGAAAAGUGUAAACUUUUAUGUGCAUACCUCAAAAAAGACGCGGAUAAUACAUCUUCAAACAAGUAUUCCGAAUCUGAUUCAUCAGAUUGAUUGAGAAGUAUCCAUUGAAGGAGUCUUGAUACCUCAAUUAGAAGUCUUUUUAAACAUUUUUUAGAAACCUUUUCAAAUAAACAUUUCUUAAUUAUAGGUUAAAACCACCGGAUUAAGUUCUUUUUGUGUUAUUAAGAAAUUAUAUUUCAAAUAUUUAAAAGAUGUUUUAAUUUAAAAAACCAAACUGUGUUAGCCAAAGAAAAA